CAAAGUUAACCUGCAAUUUAACGUUAACUUAAGCUCCCGCGUUUCUGCAACAACCCGACCCGCCUGGCAGGGUCCCCGUUGCACACACAUCGCGCAUCACAAGCAAUCAAUGGCUCUCUAAAAUUGCGGUUGCAUACUGCCGUUGCUCGUACUUACCUCGCCUUGCUCCAGAAAACAAGUCGCGCCAGGAAGCGCCGGCAGGCGUCGGGAAGCGCUGUUAGGAAGCAGCGAUGGGCAGCGCUGCCGGCUCGGCCUUCCUGGCGACGCCGAGCAGGACUGCCAGCGCCGUCGACAAGGUGAUCCAGCAGCUGAACGACGACUACGGCUUGGGCCUCCGGAUCCCCGACCCGGCCCUGUCGCCCUCGCGCCACAACCAGCUCGCCGAGCAGGACGAGCAGUACGCCCAGUGGCUGCGCAUCUUCCGCGGCAUCAAAUUUCUCUAUUACCAGCGCGGCGACAGCCUCGAGCAGGCCCUCGACAGCUUCUUCCUCGAGGCCAGGGCCGCCAGUCGGCGCUGGGUGCCCAAACCUCGCGCGGACCCCGGCACGCUGCCGUCACCGAGAAGCGCACCCAAGGCACAGACUCCAGACCAGCAAUGGAACCUGCAGACCAUCCUGGUCAGCGUGCUCGACCGAUUUAAGGCACAGAGCAGGGCGCCCCCGCUCGCGCUGUCGGCAGUUAGCGGCCGAGCAGGCGCUCGUGGACCCCCGCAGCUCCCCGCUCCAGCCGAGGAGAGCGAUCCGGGCUCCCUCCCGGAGUCGCCGGCGUCGACCGGAUCGAAGCGGUCCUCGGAUGGUGCCUUGGGCCUCGACGCCAAGCGGUGGAAGGGCCAGCCACCCGCGCGUAGUCCGUCCCCUACCCCGACGGUGCUCAGCAAUGCGCUCGACAACGUGCCCAGCCGGCGCCGACUCGGCUUUCCCCCGAUGGACUGGUCGCCCCAGCGGCAACGCUUAGAUGCAGAGCGCAGCAUAUCCUCCGAUACCUCCGGUAGCAGCAAGGUAUCCAGUCUCUUCAGCCGCCUCGACAGCCAGCGCUCGACCCAGACGACGUCGGACGGGGAAGAGCGGGAGCAGAAACACGGCCCGACCGUCAUCGUCUCUAGCCUCUCGCAGCAAGGCCUCUCGGCCGCGACGAACAAUACCGUCCCGCCUCCCACACGCACCGCCCGCCCAGUCACAGGCGGCGCCUCGCGUGCACCCCCGCGGUCCUCCGCAGCCGGCACGCUUUACUCGGAUCUUUCCCAUGUCGCAUGGGAUGAUUCCGUGGCCGAAAUUCCUGGGAGUGGGAGAAACGAGGCGGAUGCUCUACCCAUCCACCCCGAGGUCUACGCGAGGCUGCAGAACAUCUGGCCCAAGUUCCCGCGCUGGCUCCACGCGGCGCCGCUCGCCCUGGCCUGGGAGCUCACACGGAUCUGCCUCCACUGCAAGGUCGACCUCGAGGACCCCACCCUGCGAUACGACCCCAGCUGGGCGACGUCAGACAUGGCCGCCCUCUGGAGGAGCCUGACCCAGCUCGACGUGUUUCGGGGAAAGUCGUUUCCGGAGCGGCCGUCGGCCGAGGCGUUCGCCGCGGCCUUGACAGGAAACUUCGAGAGCCGCGGCAACACGGUCGUGUUGUCGGCCUCACUGGAAUUCAACCCCAGCAAGACCGGCCCCCUGUUCCUCCUAGACAUGAAGCCGCUGCGAUUCGACGAGGGCUGCAGGCUGACCCGGCGCUUCGGUCCGGAUCGCUUCCUCGAGGUUCUCGUUCCGUCUCCCACCGCGCUGAACGCGCCGUCCAUACUCAAGGACGGAGGCGCGGCCCAGGUCAUCCGCUGGCUGACCGAGAAACCGCACUCUCUGGUCGGCCGGCAGUGGCAGGCCUUCUACACCAAGGAUGCGGGAUACAGAAAGCCGGCCAGAGAGCUGCGCCUGGGGCCGGACGCCAAGGCCACCUUCAAGGAGAGGGUGCACUUCUUUGCCGAGCGUGGGCACGACUUCCGCCCAGCUCCUCUUCGCACGAGAGCCCAGCUGCCGCCCGAGUCUCCGUCCCGGCGGCGGACCGAGAUCCGCGUGAGCGAGAUGCUAGACUGGCUGCUCCAGCUGGAGCAAAAUGAGUACCAGCCGCACCUAAAGCUCUUCUCGCGCAUCCAGCUGGGCCUCAGCAAGACCUUCCCCACGGUGACGUUCGAGCCCAACCAGAUCCGCCACCGCACCGACGAUAUCCUCUCGCCCGCCGGCAAGAUCAUGAAUGACGGCAUCGGGCGCAUGUCCCGCAGCGUGGCCCGGAAGAUCAGGGACGCACUCGGCCUGUCCGACAUCCCGUCGGCCAUCCAGGGCCGCAUGGGCUCCGCGAAGGGCAUGUGGCUGAUGGAUGUGGCCGAUGCGGGCGACGACGACUGGAUUGAGACGUACCCGUCGCAGCGCAAGUGGAAGUGCGACGACGCCGACGCCCUCCACCGGACGCUCGAGAUCCGCAGCGUCUCGACCGAGCUGAAGCCGGCCGCACUCAACCUGCAGUUCCUGCCCGUGCUCGAAGACAGGGCCAAGGACAAGGCCCGCAUGAGACGCGCCAUCGCCGCCCGCCUGAUGAACGACCUGAAGAAGCAGUUCGAUAGCCAGAAGGCGGCCGUGGAGCGCCCGCUGCAGUUCCGUCAGUGGGUCAACGAGUGCACCAACUCACGGUCGGAGCGCGUCCGGCACGGCCAGGUGCCCUUCCUGGGUGGCCUCCCCGAGAACAAGGGCGAGGUGCUCAGCUUCCUGCUCAACAGCGGCUUCGACCGGCGGCAGAAGUACAUCCAGGACCUGGCGUUCGACCUGCAGAAGCAGCGGUGCGAAGUGCUGCGGACUAAGCUCAACAUCCACGUCGGCCGGUCCGCCUACAUGUUCAUGGUCGUCGAUUUCUGGGGCGUCCUUGAGGAGAACGAGGUGCACGUCGGCUUCUCGUCCAAAUUCCGCGACGACGUGGACGAUACGACAUACAUGCUCCUGACGGACUGCGACGUCCUGGUCGCCCGGUCGCCCGCCCACUUCCCCAGCGACAUCCAAAAGGUCCGGGCCGUCUUCAAGCCGCAGCUGCACGCGCUCAAGGACGUCAUCGUGUUCCCCGCCAAGGGCGACAUCCCGCUCGCCGACAAGCUGUCGGGCGGCGACUACGACGGCGAUAUGGCGUGGGUGUGCUGGGACCCGGACAUCGUCGAGAACUUCACCAACGCCGAUAUGCCCAAGGAGCCGGACCUCUCGGCGUACCUGGGCAAGGACAAGACCACCUUCGGGGAGCUCGUCCGCGACACCGGGCGGACCGGCGCGGCGGCGCGGCACGAGGCCGUCUACGACAUGAUCAACAAGAGCUUCCAGUUUGCGAUGCAGCCCAACUACCUGGGCAUCUGCACCAACUACAAGGAGCGGGUGUGCUACCACAACAACAGCGUCAGCGACGGCGUCGCGCUCCUGCUCAGCACGCUCGUCGGCAAGCUGGUCGACCAAAGCAAGCAGGGCAUUCUUUUCGACGCGGCAAGCUGGGACCGGCUGCGGCGGGAGCGCCUCGGCGGCCGCAUGUCGGUCGAGGACCCGGCGUACAAGGGCGACGUCUGGGCCGGCGCAGGCGAGCCGCGCCACAUCGUCGACUACCUCAAGUUCGCCGUGGCCAAGCCGACCAUCGACCGCGAGCUCGAGGAGCUGCACAAGGUCAUGCAGGCCAGCCGGCGGGCGGGCCCUGACGACGACGCGGCGGCGCACAGCUGGGACCCGGACCUGGCCGUCUACUUUGAGAACUUCAAGGCGCUGACGGCCGAGUCGCGCUCGCUCCGCGCCGUGCUCGAGGCGCUGCAGAACGCCCUCGGCGCGGUCGAGCACGAGUGGAAGGUGCUGAUGAGCAAGGGCAGCUCGUCGUCCUUGACGUACCCGGAAAAGGUCCGGCAGCUGCACGCCAAGUGGUGCGCCAUCGAGCCGCGUGCCGUCGGCCGCGCGGGCUCCAACCGGCUCGACGCUAAGACCGCCGCGCUGUUGGAGCAGCCGUUCCUGGCGGAUCGCGGCGGCGCCGGCACCAGCUACUGGGCGCUGCUGCGCGCCAGCACGGCCUUCAAGGCGUAUUACAAGACCAACCCCAAGUUUGUGUGGCAGAUGGCCGGCGCGCAGCUCGCCUUCAUCAAGGCGCAGAUGAGCUCCCCCGGCGGCGGCGGCGGUGGCGGUAGCGAUGGCAUGCCGCUGCUGGUCACGCCGCUCAUGUACGCGGGGCUGGCGCCCGACGGGCGGUUCGUCAAGCAGUACCUGGCGCGGCUGGAGUGUGACGGGUCCCAGUACCCCGACGACGAUCUGGAGGGGGACGGCGAGGAUGGCGGCGGCGGUGGCGGGCGGGGAGAUGACGUUGAUUGACGGCGGAUUGCUUGGGUGGCUGGCGGUGCUUAUUUCUUCUCCUUUUCGGUGGCUAAAUCUUUUCAUUUCCCGCCGGCAGGCGCCAUUUUCAUACGACGGAGCGCCGGGGUUAAGUCGGCAAUUCUUUUGUGAAGCGGUCGGAGCGGCGGCUGAUUGGUAACUAAUGGGAGGCUUUUUGGGGGCCAAACGCCCCUUUUUCUUUCUGC